CAGUGACGCAGUUCCGUCUCCGCUGUGUUCCGAGAUGUGAGUCUGGCGCUUUCGACGAGAGCGAUAGGACACCCUCUUAGGAACUUCCUCACCAAACCCGAGGAAGAGGUCAGGCAAGAUUUGUGCUGGGCAGAUUCUUCGGAGUAAGGCUGUGCUGGCCAGGUAUUCCCUCUUAUUCGUCACUGUAUUGCAGCUAAUCAGUAACCAAGGGCCAUGUGACUCCUGCUCACAGAAACCCAAACAGGCAGGUGAUGCUGAUGGUGGAACUGAGGAGGUGUUGAUUCCAAUAUCACUCCUAAAACGUGAGAAUCUUACACUUUGACGAGAACUCCACAGAGGUGUUCCCAGGGAAGUAAAAAUUUAGAAAGCUUUUCUGAAGAGAAAGAGAAGAUUCAACAGGCCAUUGUGAUGCUUCAAGCAAGAGAAAAUGAGAAAGACAAGAAGCUUCAGGCAUAAGACAGUUAAAGACAAUAAAACACUUACAGAAGUGAGUGAGCAUGAAUAUGAAAAAGAUGGUAGUGAGUGCUUGGAUCCUGCAACAAAUAUGAGAAUUCAGGCUGAAAAGAAACAGUAUAUAUGUACUGAGUGUGGGAAAGCCUUUAGUCAGAGUGCAAAUCUUACAGUACAUGAGAGAAUCCACACAGGAGAGAAACCCUAUAAGUGUAAGGAGUGUGGAAAAGCCUUCAGUCAUAGCUCCAACCUUGUUGUACAUCGGAGAAUCCACACUGGACUGAAGCCCUACACAUGCAGUGAAUGUGGGAAAUCUUUCAGUGGUAAGUCUCACCUCAUUCGGCACCAGGGAAUCCAUAGUGGGGAGAAAACUUAUGAAUGUAAGGAGUGUGGGAAAGCCUUUAGUCGGAGUUCAGGUCUCAUUUCACAUCAUAGAGUUCACACUGGGGAGAAGCCCUACACUUGUAUCGAGUGUGGGAAAGCCUUUAGCCGUAGUUCAAACCUUACUCAACAUCAAAGAAUGCACAAAGGAAAAAAAGUUUACAAAUGUAAGGAGUGUGGGAAAACAUGUGUUUCUAAUACAAAGAUUAUGGACCAUCAGAGAAUUCACACAGGGGAGAAGCCUUAUGAGUGUGAUGAGUGUGGAAAAGCUUUCAUUUUAAGGAAGACCCUUAGUGAACAUCAGAGACUUCACCGUAGAGAGAAACCUUACAAAUGUAAUGAAUGUGGGAAAGCUUUUACUUCUAAUCGAAACCUUGUUGAUCAUCAGAGAGUUCACACUGGAGAGAAACCUUAUAAAUGUAACGAAUGUGGAAAAACCUUCAGGCAGACUUCUCAAGUUAUUCUACAUUUGAGAACGCACACUAAGGAAAAGCCCUUUAAAUGUAGUGAGUGUGGGAAAGCCUAUCGUUACAGCUCACAGCUUCUUCAACACCAGAGAAAACAUAAUGAGGAGAAAGAAACAUCAUAAAAAACAUAUAUUGUUGGUAGUAGGCCUAAUUGCUACUUUUUGGAAAAACAAUUUUUCAUUAUUCUCAACCUUAAUUAAAUUCCUAUGACUCCAUACAGGGAAAGUAACCAGAAGCAGACAAAGAUGAUCAGAGGGAUAUUCAUGCUGGCAUCAUACAUAACUGAAGGAAGAGAACUAGAUUUUCAGUAGCAUGGGGUUUAAAUGAAUGAUGGUCUAUCUACAUGAUGGUUUUGUAGCCGUUAUAAACAUUUUUAAAGAAUAAUGCCAUGAGGAAAAUUAUUUGUAUAAAAUGGAAGAUAAAGAGAAAACAAAUUUGAUCCAAAUUUUUAAAAAACGUACCUAUAGGAGAAAAAUAUGAAUGAAAUAAUACCAAAUCAAAACUUUAACAGUGAUUAUCGUUGGGUGGUAGGAUUAUAGGUGAUUUCUAUUUUCUUUAUACUUUUCUAUGCUUUUUAGAUUUUCUACAAGAAUAUACUACUUUUAUAUUCAGGAAAGAAGUAUAGUAUUUUUUAAAUACAGUGAGUACAUGUUCAUUUUCACUCAUCAGUGUUAUGAAAGGCAUGUGGAACAUGGACCCUAAACUCACGGGAUUCCAC